GCUUUUAAAGUCAGGAGCUGCUCACACAAACUCCGCCACAGUUCAGCAUCAGAGUACGCAGGUUGUUCACCUGAAGAGCAAGAGGAUGGACGCAGCAUACAAGAGAGUCAAUGGAAACACCGCGGGGGAGGCAGAGACAGCCGACCAGGGCACACGGAGGAGACGGGGCUCCAUGUACCUGGAGGAGGAGACCAGCAACAAGUCAGAAAUGAUUUCCUGCAUCUUCUCCCUGAAAGAGGAGGUUGGAGCUUUAGCCAAGGCCCUGCGGCUCUUCGAGGAGAAGGGCAUCAACCUUAAGCACAUCGAGUCCCGUCCGUCGCGGAUGAACAAAGACCAGUAUGAGUUCUUCAUCAGUGUGGACCCCACCUGCUCCCAGGCCCUGGACGAUGUCAUCGAUGGCCUGCGUACACAAAUCAGUGGCCACGUGCAUGAGCUAUCACGCAACAAAGAGAAGGACACGGUGCCAUGGUUUCCUAAUGACAUCCAGGACCUGGACCGCUUCGCCAACCAGAUCCUCAGUUACGGCUCCGAGCUGGAUGCUGAUCACCCGGGCUUCACAGAUCCAGUGUACAGAAAGCGCAGGAAGGAGUUUGCUGACAUCGCCUACAACUACAGACAUGGCCAAAGUAUCCCUCAAGUGGAGUAUACAGAAGAGGAAAGGGCCACGUGGGGCAAAGUGUUCAGGGAGCUGAAGACUCUUUACCCGACUCACGCCUGCCGCGAACACAACCGAGUCUUCCCCCUGCUGGAGAAAUACUGUGGCUACAGGCCGGACAACAUCCCCCAGCUGGAGGACGUCUCCCGCUUCCUGCAGUCAUGCACGGGCUUCCGGCUUCGCCCGGUGGCUGGACUCCUCUCGUCCCGGGACUUCCUGGCAGGACUCGCCUUCCGAGUCUUCCAUUCCACGCAGUACAUUCGUCACAGCUCCAGGCCCACAUACACACCUGAGCCGGAUAUCUGCCAUGAGCUCCUGGGACACGUUCCUCUUUUUGCUGACUCUAGUUUUGCCCAGUUCUCACAGGAAAUCGGUCUUGCCUCUCUUGGAGCCCCUGAUGAGUACAUUGAGAAACUUGCUACUGUGUACUGGUUCACUGUGGAGUUUGGUCUGUGUAAGCAGGGCUCAGAGAUCAGAGCUUACGGAGCUGGCUUGCUGUCAUCGUUUGGAGAGCUGCAGUACUGCUUGUCAGACAAGCCCAAACUCCAGCCAUUCGACCCCAGCAAGACCAGCCUCCAGAAAUACCCAAUCACAGAGUACCAGCCUAUUUACUUUGUCGCUGACAGCUUUGAGGACGCCAAAGAGAAAGUGAGGAAAUUUGCAGCCACCAUCCCCAAGCCUUUCACAGUGCGCUACAAUCCCUACACCCAGAGUAUCGAGGUGCUGGACAACACCCAGCAGCUCAGGAACCUGGCUGACAGCAUCAACGGUGAAAUGGGGAAAUUGUGCGAAGCCCUGCGGAAACUGCAGUAGCUGCACAUGAAAUCUGAGCCGGAGAUCCCAGAGCAUCUCGGCAUUUCUUCAAUGAAUAUUCUGCUUAGCCUGCAUGCAAAUGAGCUUUCUUUGUAUUAAAACAAAAUAAAUGAGCAUACUGCUGCAAUCCAGUUAGUAUUUCAGUGAAUAAAGCAUAACCUGUUGCUCAUGUGGCAUAAUGAGUAAUGUGUGUACGACAGAUAAAAAUGUUACUGUCAGUAUUGUUACAGUAUAAAUGUUAUUUUGAGAAAUGUUUUUCAAAACAAGAGGGUUUUGUGAAUCAAUAUCUCUGUAGUGGACCGAAUGAAUUUAAAACCUAAUAUGUAAACAUUCAAUUCUGCUUCUAAUAUGGUGCUAAACAGCAGUUUUUCUUUGCAUUUCAAACCUAAAAGCGCAUUAGCUUUUGCUUUGCUUGGCUGAAUAAAAUGUUUUGUAUGCAUGAAAUGUAAUGAAACAAAUAAAUAUGAAAUAC